CCAACAGCCAUCCAGAUCAGGUAGGGACCGCGGGGGCUCGACCAGUCCCUCAGGGAUUCGGAGCCUCGCGGCGUCCCGGCAUAUCUAGCGAUACACACAGCAGAGAGGAGAGCAAUCUGAAACGCCGACUAAGUAGCAAGCAGGUAUGAUGUCGGUAAGUAAGUCAGCAAGAAGAGCAAGCCAACAAGCUGACAAGCAUACAUACUGCUCUAGCAAGCCCAGCAAUUACCGCGACCUCAUCCAAACCCCGCGUGUUCUCUUCAUACUUGGCAGAACCUCUACCUUAGCUACAUACCUACCUACCUGGGUCCCGAACACGAGCCCCAGCUCGAGCGCACGUAACUACGCACCUACUAGGACGCUGUUUCCCGAUGAUUUGGCGAAUUGCACUGCACUGCACUGCAUGACACAUGUUGAAUUCACGAAGGCACGCAUCUGCACGCCGAGGCUGCUCUUGGCGCUGUUGGUUAUAGCCUUCCUUUGUGUCUAUCGUCUUUUGUGUCACGCCUGCGCCCCACCCGGGAGACAGGACGGAAGCACAGCAAUUCGAUUCGAAAGGCCAGGCUGUGGGAAUCCGAUCGUCAGGCGUCUUUUCGCAGACGACGGAUGUGCUUUUCUGUCCUGCGGACUGGCUGACGGGGCAUUCAUUCCUGUUCCCUACCGGAGCUCACGACCGGUUGGUUGGGAGUAGGUAGUGAGUAGGUAGGCAUGCCGCAGCUCUAUAGUAGGCACAUCGACAAGAAUAUGGGUCCCGUGAGCGAUUUGCCAUACACAGCCCAAGCAGCCUGUAGGCAUGGAUAACGAUCGAUUGGGGAGCCCGAAGGGAAGAGGAAGGGGAUGGGGAUGGUCUCGUCCUCUGU